AUGGUGACCAUAUCCUCAUUUCGUUUCCGCGAUGCGUCAAUAGCGGCGUCAGGCCUGGUGUUGCUGGUGCUCUUCGUGUGCAUCGGCAUCGAGCCCCUGACAGGAACGCGUGCUGCGAAUCUCGACGACAUCUUCAAUUCAACCCUCGGAUUCCAAAAGAUCUUUGUCAUCAAUCUCCCCUCGCGCACUGACCUCCGCGAUUCCAUGUCACUGGCCGCAGCUUUGACCGGCAUCGACAUCGAGUACGUCGACGGCGUCACCGAGAUCGACGACAAAGCCAUCCCUCCCGGCGCCAAAGAAGUCAACCUCGCCAAGGGAAGCCUGCUCGCCUGGCGAGCCCACGUAAACGUUCUCAGAACCAUCGUCGAACGCAACCUCUCCUCCGCCCUCAUCCUCGAGCCCGACACAGACUGGGACAUCCGCCUCAAGUCCAUCCUCCACUCCACCGCCCUCGCCACGCACCUCCUCCUCCAACCCCUCAGCGGCACCACAUCCACCUACAUCGACCCCUCCCUGCCCCUCCCCAUCCUCCCCUCCGAGCACCCCUCCAACAUCGCCGUCCCAUCCUUCACCGGCCUCACCCUCCCCCCCAGCAGCUCCCCCUACGGCGACCUCUCCCGCUGGGACGUCCUCUGGCUCGGGCACUGCGGCACGCGUUUCCCGCGCUCCGACGACACCCCGCACGCGGCCCCGCUCGGCCGCGCCGUGCUGCGCGACGACCCCAGCGUGCCCGAGCAGCAGCACCUGGACGUCGAGAACGGCGGGUGGGAAUUGCUGACGGAGUAUCCCGCGCACACGCGCGUCGUGCAUCGCGCGUGGGGGAACACGUGUUCGUUGGGGUAUGCGGUGUCGCGGGGUGGGGCGCGGAGGCUGUUGUUUGGGUUGGGGGUAAGCGGGAAUGUGUCGGCGCCGGCGGAUUUGAUGGUGAGGGGCGCGUGUGAGGGGGGGAGUGGGGGCGAGGAGGAGGGGAGGGAGGUGGUGACGCCGCCGCUGGAGUGCGUGACGGUGCAGCCGGCGGUGUUUGGGCAUCGGAGGGAGAGGGGGGAGAGGAGGGCGGAGAGCGAUGUUAAUGUGAGGGUGGGGUGGAGGGAGAGGGCGUUUACGAGGAAUGUGAGGUGGAGCGUCAAGGGGAAUUUUGAGCGCUUGUUGGAGGGGAGGGAGGAUUAUGUGGAUGCGUACCCGGAUGGCGGGGAGAGGGUGGAGCUUGGGGAGUGA